AUGUUUUUGUGUUUGUUAUUCUAACUCAUUAGAACCUAGAUUUUUGAUUGUACCAUAACGUCAGCUGAAUGCUCAGAUAAUUAUUAACCUGUGUGUGGGCUCACUAUUAAUAUGGUGUCCAUAUAAACUUUCAUGAAUGAAUGUUAUGCUUGCAAAGCUAAUCUUGUUGUUAAAUACAAGAAUGGUGAGUGCACUAAUUAUUAAGAUGAAAAAACCCCCAGCAAUCAUAAUGAUGACAAAAAUCAAUAUACUAAUUCAACUUUCAACCCUUCUGGAAAUUAUACUCAAUUAUUCUCUUGUUCAGAUCCUCGACCAAGUAUUUGUGGAACUAAUCAAAAACGAACAUGUGGAUUCUUAGACUCCUUGACUGAUUGCUAUGGAAAGUACUGCUAAGCUUAAUUCAUUAAUGAGUGUCAUGCUUGUAGAAAUACUUCGAUACACAAUUAUUUCUAUGGGGAAUGCUCAGACUACAAAUAAAGAUAAGCAACUAAGAUUCAGUGUAUUUCAGAAUAAAAGAAUUAAUGCGAUAUAAUGGAAUAAAUAGAUGUUUGUGGUUUCUUAGAAGAAACAGCAGUUUGUCAAAAUCGACCUUGUUUGUAACCAUUUAAGAAUACUUGUGAACCUUGCAAUUAAUCUAAUAUCAAAUCCUAUUUUAUUGGAAAUUGCAAUGAUUACGACAAUCUAUUCUUUAGCACAGACUAGAUAGAAGAGGUUUCAGAAGAAUAAUAAAAAUAUAAAUAUUGUUAACCUGAGAGACCUUCUUCUUGUAAUUAGGAAUUUUCAUAAACUUGUGGGGUAUUAAAAUCAUGUAAUGGAACCGGAUGUGAACGAAUAUUUGAUAAUCCAUGUAGUGCAUGUCAAAAUACUUAAAUUGAAGGCUAUUACAAAGGAUAAUGCUAGACAAAUUUUGGUUAUGUUUUCUCUAUCUUUGUGAUUUAACUAUUAAUCUGA